GCCUAGCAGUGUCAUUGGUGGAUGACCGCAGCCCUAGCUGCUGCCGCUGCUACCGCGACCAUGGUCUCUGGCAGCAGCGGCCUCGUCGCCGCCCGCCUGCUGUCGCGCACCUUCCUCCUGCAACAAAAUGGAAUUCGGCAUUGUUCCUAUACAGCUUCCCGGAAACAUCUGUAUAUUGAUAGAAAUACGAAGGUUAUUUGCCAGGGUUUCACUGGUAAGCAGGGCACCUUUCAUAGCCAGCAGGCAUUGGAAUAUGGUACCAAACUCGUUGGAGGAACUACUCCAGGGAAAGGAGGCAAGACACAUCUGGGCUUACCUGUCUUUAAUACUGUGAAGGAGGCCAAAGAACAGACAGGAGCAACAGCUUCUGUCAUUUAUGUCCCUCCUCCUUUUGCCGCGGCUGCCAUUGAUGAAGCCAUUGAGGCAGAAAUCCCCUUGGUCGUGUGCAUCACUGAAGGCAUCCCACAGCAGGACAUGGUCCGAGUCAAGCACAAACUGCUGCGCCAAGGAAAGACGAGGCUAAUCGGGCCAAACUGCCCUGGAGUCAUCAAUCCUGGAGAAUGCAAAAUUGGCAUCAUGCCUGGCCAUAUUCACAAGAAAGGAAGAAUUGGGAUUGUGUCCAGAUCCGGCACCCUGACUUAUGAAGCAGUUCACCAAACAACACAAGUUGGAUUGGGGCAGUCUUUGUGUGUUGGCAUUGGAGGGGAUCCUUUUAAUGGAACAAAUUUUAUUGACUGCCUUGAAAUCUUUCUGAAUGAUUCAACUACGGAAGGCAUCAUCCUGAUUGGUGAAAUUGGUGGUAAUGCAGAAGAAAAUGCUGCAGAAUUUUUGAAGCAACAUAAUUCAGGUCCAAAUGCCAAGCCUGUAGUGUCCUUUAUUGCUGGCUUAACUGCUCCUCCUGGCAGAAGAAUGGGUCAUGCAGGGGCAAUUAUUGCUGGAGGAAAAGGCGGAGCUAAAGAGAAGAUCUCUGCCCUGCAGAGCGCAGGAGUUGUGGUCAGCAUGUCUCCUGCACAGUUGGGAACCACCAUCUACAAGGAAUUUGAAAAGAGGAAGAUGCUAUGAAAGAACAAACCAAAGUUUCUUGAAACUGUGGAAUGAAUCAUGAUAAACAUGUGAACCAGCAGCAGUUUGCUUCUCUUGUCCACUGAUUGUCAGACUAUGUGCCUGGGGUUGGUCUUUCAUUACAAUGGGAAGCCAAAGCAAGGUUUUGAAUGUCCUAAAUUGAGAUGUUUUCACCUCAUUGUAUAACAGAGACAGCCAAUAAAUCUACCUUGAUUGGAA